AGCGUUUUCUCGUCCUAGUAGUGCGACGAGCGACAAGGUUGUUUGCUCCACCGUAGUUCGGUCUGGAUAUUGGGGUCGCGACAUCAACGUACCAAGUCAUCCGCGCGAGCUGGUAGGCCAGCACACUAUGUCAGCCGCGGCGUAGCCCGGCCCGGCAUGUCCCUUCUUCGUGGCAUUCAUCGUCCUUAUAGUCACCUCAGCGACGAGGACGACCUCUUGCGUUACCCCACAAGCUCCACAUCACCGGCCGAAGGGAGGACAUUCAUUUCGAACACUACCUCCAGGAUGACACGUCCCGCAGUUCUCGUACCGUGCGCCGUAGCUCUCAUGGUCGUGGUCGCCCUCGCCGUCACUGCAGCCGCGGACCCGUUUGGGGCACUGGGCAGCAAUGAGACCACCGACACACCGACGUCGUCGUCGUCGAAUCGUCUGGAAGACGUGGUGAAAGCCAAGACGACAUCUUGUGGAGAGGUCGUCGGGGUGGUCGAGGACGGAGCUUUCGCAUUUAAGGGUCUACGAUAUGCGGAGCCACCUGUGGGAGAACAUCGCUGGCGCAGACCCCGACCCCUGGCGUCAACGCAGAAUACACCGGCACUUUCUUGCGUCACAAAGGCCGACCAGUUUGGUUCGCAGUGUCUGCAGAUCAACCCGAACACAAAGAAAUUCGAAGGGUCCGAAGACUGCCUCUUCGUGAAUGUUUGGACACCGCGCAUUGAUGCAACAGCUCACCUGGAGGUCAUGGUGUGGAUCCACGGAGGGUUCCUUCAGGUAGGCUCGGGACACCAACCUGGCCUCAGUCCCUCUGGAAAACUGGCGCACAAGCUGAACGUGGUCAUGGUGAGCUUCAACUACCGCCUGGGUCCCCUGGGCUUCAUGGCACUCAGCAUACUCAGGGAUGACAACGACACUCGUGGGAACUUCGGUCUUCUGGACGCGGCACUCGCCUUGGACUGGGUCAGGAAUAAUAUUCAGGCCUUCGGCGGAGACCCCGAUAAGGUCACAGUAUUUGGAGCUGACUCCGGAGCCACAAUGACACUUGCCCUUCUAGCCACCUCAAGGCACAACAAGACCAAGUCCCCGUUCCGUUCUGCGUGGCUCUUAGGACCAACGUUCUUUCUGAACCGAACCUUUGCGUUGGCGUCGAAACACAACGGCGCUUUCUUCCAGCAACGCACGGGCUGUAAAGUGGCCGCCUGCCUGAGAGCCAUGACACCGCACGACGUUCUCAAGGCUCACCUGGGAAAGGACGAUCCUUCCUUCAGGAUCCGUGACCAGAACGAUCUCCCUAUUCAGGGCAUCUUUCCUGAACAGUUCAUGGUCGUUGAUGGCACUCUUCUAACGAACCCACCGCUGGAGAUGCUCCUCAAAAGUCACAGCGUGGAUAUUCCUGUUCUUAUCGGUUCUGGGGCUCAAGCGGUGGACGUUUUACCAGGACCAGACGACAUUCGCCAUUGGACGUGGGGCCAGUACAAGAAAUACGUCACGACGAGCCUCAACUCCUUCGGCUCCGGGGUUACACAGAUGGCGCUACAGUUGUACAACUCUACCUCAAACGUCAAUACUUCCAGUGCCGAUCCGCCCGUAACGCCAGAACUGGUGUACACUACUAUGGUAUCGGAUCUCAGAGUUGGCUGCCCGGUCAACAGCAUAGCGAGCGAGCUGUCAAAUAUUUUUCAGUCACCCGUAUACCGCUACGUCGUGGACUCGAAGCCAUCGAAACCGAUUGACUACAUGGGCCACGCAGCCGCUUACAGCUUCCACCCGUGGGACGCCAUAGCUUUCUUCGACCAACUGGACCACUUUAUCCCCGGACCGUCCUACGAAGACUUCGCUUUCCGAGACAACGUCCAAGACUUAGGCCUAACCUUCGUCCGCUCCGGAGGUCACCCAAGCAUCCCCGACUGGAUGCGCUACCCGCAGAGCAUCGCCAUACUCGCGUCGUCUGCUAACUCCACGCUCAUCAUGCCUGGUUCCACCUACCAGAAGACAGAGUGUAAAUUCUGGACGUCUGAAGGACUCACAGAUUACUCGUGGGUCAGUUAAAGACACUGCCAAGAAAAGAACCGGAGAAACCGGCGUGGACACAAAAGACAGUGCCGUGCCGUGCAGUGCCAUGCGUGGGAACAUUGCGAGAAUGUUGACUUGUGCUGUGCAAAACAGCGAAACUGGGUGUAGUGACUAUCAGACGACGGGACGCCUAGUGCAUGAGGGAGUAAUGAGUGUGUUCCGUGUUCAAGAAGGUUCGUGCCAUCGCAAAAGCGUUCAGUGACAGUCCUUGUGGAACUUGGAUGGGUAGAAAUCCAGCGAACCGGUAGAAUGUAGGAAGGGAGUUGCCUCAGGACAGAAGCCGCCGAUAUUUCGAACAGAGACUGUUCUUCUUCUGGGCACCGUCCUCAUCAUUGGCAUGGUAUUUAAAGGGUUAGGUGUGACGUGUUUAAAGGUUCAUGCGAAUUGUGGGUCAACAGCCCGGAGGGAAGAAAGGUCCGUACGGGUUUUUACGGCGGGAGUGAAUGGCUGCUUUGUUAGAGUGUGGAGGGGAUUAUGUGAACGUAGUGAUCUAGGCUGCAGACCGGUUACAGAAGAAU